AGUUUUCAGAAAAUCAGUAGAGAUCAGUAAGGCCUCCACAGUUUAACAAAAUUCAACUGAAAUCUUUCUAUUGCCACCUCAUGUAAAGGGGCUUUAAAUAACAACUGGUGUAAACGCUGCUCUCCCACUGGUAAUAUCAUAAGACACCGUGCAGACAAUCCAGUAUUAGCUGCUGUUGAAAAAGACACACUGUCAAAACCUCAAAGCAGAAGUACACUGAAGACUAAGCAGCAGACACAACAUCAGCAAUACUUUGCAGCUCGAGAGCCGUCACACAGGACUGCGGCAGGAAUAUAAACAUUAGUUCAAGAUGAACAGAAAACCACUGAAGGCAACUGGUACUUUAAAUAAUUCUUCUGUUUAUGUGUCUGCAGAGGUAAUUGAGGAAGAAGCUGACUAUGUUAAUGCAGCAGAAGGUGCUGUGGAUAGAAUGGCCGUCACUUCAGAUCAGAAGUUUCUCUCCUUCACUCCGACAGAAUCCGACAGAAUCCGACAGAAUCACCCAGCACACUGCCACUGGUGGAAACCAGUGGCAGUGUGCUGGGUGAUUCUGUUAGGGAUCAUGGCCCUUCGUAUCUACUUUGCUACAUUAAUUCUUGAAAGUGAGCCGAACCAGCUGAAAGAAAACCAAAUGAUUCUACUGGCUCUCAAUGGAAACCUGACAAACCAGAACAACAAACUCAGCUCAGAAAAUGAAAACUUGAGGAGGGAACACAACAAUCUGACAGUCCAGUUGGAGAACCUGACACAAGCCUAUACUGUCUUAAAAAGUAACAUCACAAACCUGUCUGCAGAAAACCAGAACCUGACAUCACAAAACCAGGAGCUGAAGACAGAGAGGAUUGAGCUCAAUGUCAGUCGAGCUCAGUGGAGCAUUGAUGCCUACUGCCCAAAACCAAAGAACCAAAACAGAACGUGUAAAGCAUGUCAGGAUGGCUGGUUCCCCUCCCAGUCCAGCUGCUAUGGGAUUAAUAACCCUGAUGUUUCUGGUCAGAAAACCUGGGAAGAAGCUCGAGAAAACUGCAGAGGAAAGAUUUCAGAUCUGGUUGUUAUAGCUGAUCAAACGGAGAAGACAUUCAUUGAAACUAAGAGUUGGAGCCCCGGUGGAUACUGGAUUGGCCUGAGAGCUGAAGAUGGGAAAUGGAAGUGGUUCGAUGGAAGUGUUCUGACUGAAAACUCCUGGAUACAACAACCUGCUACCAACGGUCAGUGUGUAAUUUCUGUAGAGAGAGAAGGAUGGAAAUCAGUGAGCUGUGGUGACAGAAACAGAUGGUUCUGCAAAAAGAAGGCUUUAUCUCUUUAAACACUGCAGUCAUACUACUGACUUAAAAUAAAAAUAAAUGUCAUUUUUAAAGCAAAAAGGAAACAAUUAACAAUCAACAAUUAAUCAAAGUGAAUAAUUUUUCAAACUUGUGUGUGUGUCUAAAAAAAAAAAAACCAGACACUCUAGUGAUACAAUUCAGGUUGUUUCAGUUUUCCACCUCCUUGUCUCAUCCAGUACAGUCCCAAACUGUCCUGUGUCUGUCUAACGGGGAUGCUACUAUAUCAAAAAGACACAAAUGUAUGCCAAUGCACAGCAGAGUACAGGGUAGAUAGAUUUUGGUAAAUAAAAAUAUGACUUUAUUCCUAUUAAAAUUGCAAUUUCAUUCUUGUAAUAGUAUAACUUUUUUCUCAAAUUAUUACAACUUAUUAUUAUUCUUGAAAUAUGUGAUAUGUGGGAGAGAUUUUGAAUGUGCAGAAAGUUUAGAACAUGAACAUAAAACUUGCUGAGACACAGGAGCUAAAGUUCAGGGGUUUAUAAAUGAAUUUUUAUUAAUUGCUGACGUGAAUAUGUGCCACAGGCUACAUUUUUUAGAGAUUACUUCAAUGCAGAGACAAGUUAGCGGGGGGUCUGGAGGGACCUUCCCCAAGAACUUAUGAUCAUUAAACACUUCAUUUCCUGCAUUCUGGUGAAAGUUUCUGCACCAAUUUAUGGUGGAAAUGUUUUUAUUUAUGGAAAAGGAAACACAAAAUUCAGGUGGCAGCUGACAUUUCAAAAUAUA